AAGCGGAGCGUGCUGUUCAGUCCAGCAGGCUGCGGCGACUUUAUCCAGCUGGUGACGCGACAUGGCCGAAGGCACACCAGUAGUAUCGUUCGACGUCUGCGGAGACAUUAUGACGACCCCGUCGCGAACCAGGACGCCGCAGACGCGCCGGGAGCUGGAGUCCCCCAAAGUGGCCUGGGACCUCUGCAACAGCUUCAUUAUCAGACUCUCUGCUGGCAUCGAUGCCGCCAUCGGCAGGAUCGACUACUACUUGGACAGAACGCGAAGGAACCUGGAAAAGUUGAAGGUCGCAGACGACUUCGCGGCGCUGUUCAGCGUGGACGCCUCGUUCCACACGGACUUCGAGGAUUACACGGAGAGCGUGCUGAAGGACGCGACCCGCGUGGCUCACGCGCGCGACUCUGUGCACGCGCUGCUCGCCUCAGAAGUGCAGUCGCGGGACGUGUCCAUGAAGACGGUCGCCACCUGCUUCUCGCCCUCGGGCGCCACGCAGCCGGCGAAGGAGUGCGUGCGCUGGCUGCGCCGCAACAACUCCGUCUGGCUCGAGCCGCCCUUCGCCUACGAUGCCAUGAAGAGCCUGUGGGACCCGGACGCUGACGGUGAGAGGAAGGCGUGGAAGCGCAGCCUGCGGACUAAAAGCCCUCUGGCAGACGUAGAGGACGGCUACGCCUCGGACUCUGCGCUGGAAUCGCGCUGGCGAGAGCGCCGCCCCCGCCAGUCCAGAGCGGCGCCAGCGUCCAGGAGUCGGUCUGCGGAGCCAGCGCCGCCCACCACCACCACCACCACCACCACCACCACCACCACCACCACCCCUACUACUACUGCUGGAGCUGGGGGCGCUCGGGCCGGCCCGCCCAUCUCGGCAGUCCAGGGGGCCGAAGGCGGCGGCGGUCUCAGGCGGCGGCUGCUGGGCCGCCGUGUCACGUUCGCUUCUGACGUAAGCAGCGUCUCAGUGGAAGGGACUGAGGAUGGGAGUGGAGCCCGAAACAGUCAUAACAGCGAGACCAGGACCGAGAGGGAACUUCGACGAAUCAAAAGUCUGUACUAUCCGCUGGGUAUGCGGACCGCCAGCGGCGACGACGUGGCGGGCCUCCUGGCGCAGCUGUGGGCCCUGCACGCGGCCGUGUGGGACGCGCUGAACGCGCACGUCGGCCGCCUGGCGGUGCUCACGACCCGCAGCGAGCGGCGCGCGCGGCGCCUGGCGAGCCUCUGCCACCUGGCGCUGGCCGCCUGCCGCCGCCGCCUGCGGGCGCGCGGGGGCGACGCCGCCGCCUUCGGCAGGCUGCUGGCGCGCGCCGACCCCGGCAGCUGGUGGCGCCGGCGCAGCGACGCGACGCGCACCCUGGCGGCGCGGCUGGCCGCGUGGUGGCGCCGCGUCUUCUGGAGGCGGGCGCGCCGGGUCGAGCCCCACUCGCAGGUCACGCGCCUGCUGCCGCUGCAGUACUGA